AUGGAGCCCCUCUGGAAGCUUUUGUAUUUGCUGGAGCCUGCACCUAUUUCUCUAAUUGUAACAGCAGUAGGUGUGACUUUUGGAUCUGCAUUUCGCGCUCUUAAUUAUGGGAAAGAAAUGGAGAGAAAUCGUGAUUUAUCAGAAACAUCAAUUACAUUAGAUAGGUCCCAAGCUCUCAUGAUCCCAGUAAUGAGCUCUAUAAGCUUGCUUUUGAUGUUCUACCUGUUCUCUUCUGUCUCACAACUCCUCACUGUAUUCACAGCCAUUGCCUCUGUAUCCUCCCUAUUUUUCUGCCUAUCUCCUUAUGUAGCCUAUUUGAAGUCACAAUUUGGUUUUGCUGACCCGUACGUGUCAAGGUGUUGUUCCAAGUCAUUUACACGAAUCCAAGGGCUGUUACUGUUCUUAUGCAUUGGUACAGUUGUUGCUUGGCUUGUUACUGGCCAUUGGGUAUUGAACAAUUUGUUGGGCAUUUCCAUAUGCAUUGCAUUUGUGAGUCAUGUCCGUCUUCCGAACAUCAAAAUCUGUGCAAUGCUCCUCGUCUGCCUAUUCAUAUAUGACAUAUUCUGGGUUUUUUUCUCCGAGAGGUUUUUUGGGGCGAAUGUCAUGGUAUCAGUGGCAACACAACAAGCUUCAAACCCUGUUCACACCGUUGCAAAUAGUUUGAGUCUGCCUGGGCUGCAAAUGGUAACAAAGAAGUUGGAAUUGCCCGUGAAGAUUGUGUUUCCCAGGCACUUAUUGGGCGGACUGAUUCCUGGAGGAGCCAGAGACUUCAUGAUGCUUGGUCUCGGUGACAUGGCAAUUCCUGCUAUGCUUCUGGCAUUAGUCCUAUGUUUUGAUCAUCGAAGGAGCAGGGAUUCGAUAAACCUGUUAGAAAUGCAUUCCUCCAAGGGGCACAAAUAUAUUUGGUAUGCCCUUCCCGGAUAUGCCAUUGGACUAGUUACUGCUUUAGCAGCUGGCAUUCUGACCCACUCACCUCAACCUGCUCUUCUUUAUCUUGUGCCUUCUACGUUGGGACCAAUUGUUUUCAUAUCUUGGAUAAGGAAGGAACUAGCAGAGCUAUGGGAUGGACCCUUGCCAAACUCGAACGAUAAAGCUCACCAGAUAGAAGUAUGA